AUGGAGUCACCGGAUACUUUCACGCUCCUACCUCUCGAGAUGGACCCCAAGACCAAUGAAAUCACCGCAUCCCAAAGCCUCAGCAACGCCCUCGAGGCCGAGCUAGCCGCCCUGAACAACCUUCACAGAAACAUGCUUCAAGUGGAAACACCCACGGGCACGCCGCCACCACCUGUUCCUGUCAACCCCAAGCGUUCUGCCCAAAUCAACAAACUGCGCGAGUCCGGAAACGCCGAGUUCAGGAAAGGAAAGCCUGAGGAGGCGGGCAAGCUUUACACCCUCGCGAUCGAUAUGGCGCUCGCUCGUCCGGCAUGGGAGCCUUCAGGUCUGGUAAGGGAAGAGGUCUCUGGGCUGCUGAGCAACCGCGCACAGGCGAACAUGGCACUUAAGAACUGGGCAGAGGGCGCUGUGGACGCAGAGGCCAGUGUAGAGAUGAGGAAGGUGGGCAACGCGAAGGCCUGGUGGAGGCGGGGCAAGUGCCUGCUCGAGAUGGGCAGACUAGACGAAGCGGCACAAUGGGUCAAGCAGGGUCUGGAAUUCGAGGCGACAGAGCAAGAUCUCAUUAGUCUGAAGGACGAGAUCGAGAAGAAGCAGAGAGGCGAACCUUAG